GAGCUGAAAGUCUGAAGUCGAAGAAUUCGAUUCAAAAUAGAGAAUUGUCGUCUGGGAUUGUCCCAUUUUCAUAGUUGGAUUUCGUGAAACUGAGCGUGCCAGUGUGCCCUGGGUGUCGUGGUCUCCUUCCUAACUUUGCAUGUCCCCAGGAUCGCGGCCUAGGAUCGGGGGGUGGCCUAUUGUCACGCCCACCUACGGGUUAGGGCUCUCCCCGCUCCUUCACCCCACAUCAUGACUGUGGAAGAGGUCCGACCGCCCACCACUUCCAAUCAGCAUCAAUCCGGCCCGUCCGUGGCUCCCGUGGGCGUGGGUGAGAGCACCUCCUUCCUCAAGUUUUCACAAGCCAAUCCGCCCUUGGCCAAGGAAUUUCUCAGCACCGUUUCCGAAGUCACGGGUGUGACAGAUGUGGAUCUUUUGUCGGCGGCCUUUAAUGCUACGAGUGCCCAAGGCCAGAACGAGAAUAGCGUGGCCACGGCCAUCGAGUGGAUUUUAGAACGGCCUCAAAAGACCCAUCUCCCGGCCCACUUGAACAACGAGCGAACCGCCUCUAUUCGGCGACCCGCGCCGCUUCAAACAACAUUUCCUGUGGUCAAUAAUACAGCAGAGAUGCCGCCCGCCGUCGCUAUGAAUCGGGCUGAUUUGCCUCAACCUGCUCAGCCUCCGAAUUCGCCCAAUCAGCCGCAAAAGCCGCUCGUAGACUUGACUGAAGGCGGCAAUGGCAGUGGCUCAGGACCCGAGUCCGGACCCGUUCAAGGGUCAGAAGACGCGGAGCUCCAGCGAGCCAUCAAGUUGAGCCUUCAGGAUCAGGGUCGAAGCCGCGAGUCGUUCGGAGGAAGUGCAUUUUCACAGGAGGAUCAGGACGUUUCACGAGCUUUGGAGGCGUCAUUGAUGGAAUCGCAGAACGGAGCCAAACGGAAACGCGGCGAGAACUGGGUGGAUCCUUUGAAUCCCCAUGAUCGCGAACGCAGUGGUCUGUGGCCUGUCGGGUUGAAGAAUGUGGGACAAACGUGUUGGUUUUCGGCCGUAAUGCAGUCCUUGUAUCAUAUCCCGGCUUUUCGUAAUCUUGUACUCAACUAUCACCCGAUGGAGCAAGUGAUGAUGAAUUUGAACGACCCGACCAAUAACGGCACCCCUGGUAACGGUCAAGGUGAUGUGGCCAUCAAACCCACCUUUGAUGACAAGCAGAAGAAAAUCAUCGAGUUCAUGCAAGAGCUCCGAAAGCUCUUCGCCCUCAUGGUGGCAUCCCAACGAAAGUAUGUGGAUCCCUCGCGUGCUGUGGACAUUCUCAGGGGCAGCAUUGGAUGUAGCUCGUCCAAUGGAGAAAACAAUCAGCAAGACGUGUCCGAGUUCACUCAUAUCGUGCUCGAAUGGGUCGAGUUGGCCUUCAAGAAAGUGUUGCCCAAGAAAGAGGAGCGAAUGGAAGAGGAAGAAGAAAACGCAGAGAAUGUCGACCCGAAUCUGGGUUGUGAGAACAAUCGCUCCUUAGUGACUAAUAGUGCGAGUAACAAUGCCAUGUCCAAGUUGUUCUACGGCUCGUUGCUCAUCGAAGGCAAUGUGGACGGGAAGGCUUUCUCGAAAAAGGAAGUGUUCGGACAAUAUCCCUUGCAAGUGAACAGUUUUAAAGACAUACACGACUCGUUGGAAAAUACCACUGCUCAUGAAUACUUUGAUUCCUCCGGAGAGAGCGGCUCCGGCCAAGAACGAUGGUUUACCGAAUUACCACCCGUUCUCUUCUUCUCUUUGUCCCGCUUCCAGUUCAACCAAGAACGCCGUUUGGCCGAAAAGAUUCACAACCGAUUGGAUUUCCCCGAAAUGCUCUACAUGGAUCGAUACAUGGUGGCCAAUAAAAAUGUUACUCGGGAUAAACGUGAACAAGUCAAGCGACUCAAGGAGCAGCGGGUGGAGUUGGCCUCCAAACUGGAGCGAUUCACUCGCUUUGGCUCCGGGAAUGAGAAGAUCUCGCUCAGCAAUGUGUUGCAGUAUACGAUGGACUUUGCUAGUGCUGGCCAUGGGACCACCCAAACAAGUACCGAUGGGACUGUUAGCCUCGCGCCAGAUAUCAGUAUGGCUUCGCCCCCAGAUGGUCAUCAACACCAUCAACCGCAGCAAGUACACCAACAUCAACAACAACCCCACCCAAUGCCUAGCAGUAACAUGACGUCCUUAAUGCAGGUGGACUCUCCUUGCCCUUCUCCGAAAAUGACUCCAGCUCAUUCGUUGAGCAAUUUAGUCGCCUCAGGAUCCAAUAACGGACACGAAACAGCCAAAGACGAAUCCAUGCCUAUGGAUGUGGAGAUGUCGUGUAAGGAGGACGAGGAAGCCUCUGCCUUGUCCAGCCAUUCGAGCCAAUACGAGUCCACCAGAGGUUGUGAUAAUGAUCCAAACAAGACCGCUGCCUCGCCUUCGGUCAUGACUUCAAAUGUUGCACCUUGUCCCAAUCACAUAUCCGAGGUUGAACUGAGAGUUCUACAAAAUUGUCUAUCAAGGUGGAAGGCUGAGGUUAAGAGCGAUGUGUCGAAUCUGGAGUCUGCCAUUCGCGAAAUCGACCUGGCCAUUGAAGGCAUGUACAAUGAAGACUGUUUGAAGAAACUCCAAUACCGUCUGCAUGCUGUCAUGGUCCACGAAGGUGGAAUUGAAUCGGGUCAUUAUUGGGCCUACGUCUUCGAUCACAAGAAGAAAAAUUGGCUGAAGUUCAACGACAACACAGUAACCGAAGCGACUUGGGAGGAGCUUCUGAAAGAGAGCGUUGGAGGCCAUUCAAACACAUCGGCCUAUUCCUUGGUCUAUAUUGAUACAUCGAAACCCGACACACUCGCUGAAUCCGAUCGAGUCAUGGAAGGUGACUCAUCCAUGGAAAAAAUGGAAUCCGGAGCGAUUGAGUCUCUCAUUAACAUUUUACCCAACGACCUGGCCAGCUUUGUAACGGAAGACAAUCUCCUAUUCGAGAAAGAGCGUCGCAAGUGGGAUAUUGACCAAGAGAACCGCAAAAAGCAGGAAGCCAUAUUGCGUGAAUGCGCCGCCGGGACCAACACCGAUCCCAAUAGCGAUGUAGAGGUUCUCCAAGAGAAGCUCACUUACGUCCACACUCAUGCCAAGUUGUCGAUGCGGACCUCGUGCGACAUUAUCAAGGCGUAUAUCGCGUCUUUGCGCGAAGGCUCCUUCAGCUUGCACGCGGCUCUUGAAACCAUUUCAGAGAAGACUCUACAUCACUAUCAACGUCUCCUUCAGCCAUCAGAUUCGCCGGAAUUUUCUGAGGGCCGUCUCGAGUCGUUCAUCUUAUACUUGCUGAAGAACGGAACGUCCAAGGAGCUUCAGGAAAUGGCUGUUCUUGAGCAAUUUUCUUUACCGGGUUUGGAUAACGACGGUCAGCAUGCUUCGGCUAUUCGUUCAGCAUCGGAUGAAAAGCUGAUUACCUUGCGGAAAACCAGAUCUGUGGCUGCUUUGGAAUUGCGCGAGUGGCACCAGGCAUAUCAUCUGUUCCGGGUGUCUGCCCAUUGUUACGUUAUGGGCGUUGACAAUUUCUUGAUCCAGAAGUUUGAGUGCAGUUUAGACUUGUUCAUAAUUGCUUACAAUGUCAGUGUCAAGAUCAUGGAAUCUCCUCCCAAGGCGAGCUUUAAAGGCUUAAGAACGACACCUUUGGUCCAGGCCCUUUGUCAAUCUCUGCUUGAGGUGAACAGCACUCUCAUCAAACAGUUCAAACUCGGGGAGCGCCUCAAUGACAUUCUCACCAGCAUUCAAAAGCUCGUGAUCCCGGCCUUGAUCAUUCUCGAGAACCGGAUUGCCCGCCAAGAGAGCACGAUGAGCUCCAACGUGCCCGGUCAAAAGCCGUCCUUCAUGAACCAGACGUGCGCUCGCUUACGUGAGGAUUGGUGUGCUCUCUUGGCCGAGCCAAAUCUCCCACCAGAAUCAUCUGCCUUCACCAGUCAGAUUCUCGAAGCCGUGCUCGAUCCGACGGUGAAGGGAGGCUUGGAUCUGGUGAUGGAGCAAAUUCCGAGAAGCUGUGAUCACAUUGAACAGAGUGCGGACCUGAAGUUGUCAGUGCGAUAUCGAGAUGCCGUCAAGCGAAUGCGCGACUUUCAAAGUAGUUUAGCCUCGACUCCAUCAACGACGACGAUCGCUAAUGCGACGACUCCUUCAAUGAGUGGAGCAUCGCCAUCCUCCGGGAUGAGGUCAUCGCCUUCUAGUGACAGCAACAAACAAGUGUCUGCUUCUUAAUCUUUGUUUGCAAUUCCUCUUGAUGAUUGUUUCUCUUAACAUUUAUUUAUUUUUUGGGACUCAAGUUUGGCCGUCCCUGCUCUUUAGAAGUUCACAAUCAUGUUGGCCUGCGACAACCCGAGAUAAAUGAAAUAAAAUGGUGUAAUAGCAAA